GACAGUCUGAUCCCACUGUGCAGUCUUUGUUUACGUUUUCAGCCCGUUUCGAAGGAUCCGACGGAAUGGCGCAGACGAGUCGCAGCCGCUGUGACGCGGUCGGUCGAUGAGUGAUGACGUAGGCUCUAGUGGAUACGGCAGCCGCUUGAUCGGAACACCGCUGAAGAAAGGUUAAGUUGCAAGGCGGGGUUUCCUGUCCCGUCACUUGAAGACACCACCGCCUUCAUGAACAUUAUCGUGACAUGCAGCAAGCUGAGAGCUUGUGACGAUGUGUUUUUCCCCUGUGACCUGCUGAUGGUCAGUGCGUUUCACAGCCUGUUCCUGCCCUCAGGUGAAGGACCCCUGAGUUUAACUGGACCUCCUCAUGGCUAAUCAAGCCUGGCUGGAGUCCUCUCUGCGUCGCUCUGCCAGUUUGGGACAGGAAGUGCUGCAGCGGGCCUCCAGGCGCAGUGUGGACUGGACGAGCACCGGAGUGUCCCGGACCCCCACUACGACCGACGAAGACGCACGGAUGCCCGCCAAGAGACCCCACACAGAGCUCGACGAUGUCUUUGCAGCCCUUGCAGGCCUCAUGGCACAGACGACGCAUCAGUGCAAGAGGCUUUAUGAGUCCGGCUGUGGCUCCGAGCCCUCCGACGCCGAGAGGAGCCACGUGUCCAGGUUCCACUCGCGGCCGUCUGUUGGGACGACGUCAGCCAGAAAACACCCAAAGGUUCCCCGCUGCAAGGGUCGUGCGUCGGGUGAAGAUUUCGUCAUUGAGGUUUCGCCGGGGACGUACGCCGUCACUGCCAUCGUUCCGGAGUUACAGCAGACUCAGCUGGUCAAGGUCGGAGAUGGAGAGAGCAUCUACCUGACCUUUGAUCUCUGACCCCUGACCUGACCACUCAAUACUUAAACCAACCAAAGCUUGUGCGUUUUUUGUGUGUUUAUUGCCUGGUUUUGCACAGAUUUAACAUUUUAUUUUGCUAAUAAUGUUUUUAUUUGCAUCUAUAUUUUAAUUUAUUUUACACGUUACUUUAUCUCGUGUCCAACAACAUCAUGACUUUUUAACUUGUACUUCAACUGCAUCAGUGUAGAAAAAUAAAGUUUUAUUUUUUAUCAAA